AGAAACCUGUACACACGGAAGUCAUCCAGGAUCUUAUAUGCAUGAGAUUUUUUCCUCUUGUAGACUCUCUCUGUAAUUUACUCUGUCUGUUAGCGCUUCGUUAAACCGUAAUGGUGCUUAACGAUGCGACGGUCGGUGAGGAGACACCGAGGAGAUAACGUGCGGUUAUCAGCGGACGGUUGACGGUUGAUAUCCAGUGUGGGUCAAUGGACGCCAGGACCUGAAGGCUGCUGUUUUGACAGCUGGGUUGGGACUCCGGUACCUGGACUGUGUCUGACAGAGAGAGCUGCUCAGAGCCGAGGCUGAGACCUUAAAGUGGGGUUCAUUUUAUGUGGAGACAGAUAUCUACGGAGGAGAAGUUGGUUUUAAAGCGCCACUGAAGGUAAGACAGAAAGCUUCACACCGACCAGUGGCUAUGGCCUCCUCCCGGCUGAAGUACCUCUCUCUGGGCGUGCUGGUGUUCCAGACCACCUCCCUGGUCCUCACCAUGCGGUACUCCCGCACCCUGCAGGCCGAGGGCCCGCGGUACCUGGCCUCCUCAGCUGUGGUGGUGGCCGAGGUCAUGAAGAUCUUCACUUGUGUGCUGCUCGUCUUCAAGGAGCACAGUUACAGCAUGCGAGCACUGAACAGCGUUCUGCGUCAGGAAAUUGCCCACAAACCCCUAGAAACGCUGAAGCUGGCAAUUCCCUCGGGGAUCUACACGCUGCAGAACAACUUGCUGUACGUCGCCCUGUCCAACCUGGACGCAGCCACCUACCAGGUGACGUACCAGCUGAAGAUCCUGACCACAGCUCUGUUCUCGGUGUCCAUGCUGGGCCGCAGGCUGGGAGUGUACCAGUGGCUCUCGCUGCUGAUUCUUAUGGCUGGAGUGGCUCUCGUGCAGUGGCCCUCUGAGUCUGCAGCAACCCCAGAGAAAGAGGCCCACUCUGCAGGCUCCCAGUUUGUCGGUGUAGCAGCAGUUCUGGUCGCGUGCUGCUCUAGUGGGUUUGCUGGUGUCUACUUUGAGAAGAUCUUAAAGGAGAGCAAACAAAGCGUUUGGGUCCGCAACAUCCAGCUAGGGAUGUUUGGCCUGGUGUUUGGCCUCUUUGGGAUGCUGGCCUACGACGGAGAGAGGGUGAAGGAGUCAGGAAUGUUCCAGGGAUACAACACAGUCACCUGGACUGUCGUAGCUCUGCAGGCGCUGGGUGGUCUGGUCAUAGCAGCGGUCAUCAAGUAUGCAGACAACAUCCUCAAGGGCUUUGCUACAUCGCUAUCCAUCAUCCUGUCAACUCUUAUAUCGUACUUCUGGCUACAGGACUUCGACCCCACCAGCGUGUUCUUCCUGGGGGCCAUUUUGGUCAUCACAGCCACUUUUCUCUACGGCUACGAAGGAAAGCCAUCCCCCAACCCCAGCAGGGCGUAGGACACUCACGGCUGACACUACAGCAGCAGUAGGAGGUCCUGUUGAAGCGUUGAAAGGAGGACAGAGAGCUGCAGGAAAAAGGAGGGGAAAGGUCUUUAUCAUAUAUUGUGAUCACAAAAAGGAAGAGACAGAGCAGAGGAGGAGGAAGAGAGGAGGUAAGCAGGUUGGGAACAGAGGACAGACAGAGUGAAAAUGGUUAGAAAAAAUAAAAAGCAAGCACAACGCUGUGAUGGGUCUCACACACCAGAAGUGCCUCAGCUGAGAAGGGUAACUAAUGAGAAAAGAAAACUAUGGCGAAACAGGAUUGUUUGUUUUUCCUUUGUUCCUAUAAUUACCACUGUAGAAAUAAUCCUGGCUGCCACACCUACGGAUCUGGAGAGGUAUUCUCCACGGGACCGACUGAUUGUGUCAAUAAGAGCCUGUUUGACUGCCACUCACUGUAACUGCCACAUCCGUCACACCUACACAAUAAAGGAUUACAGGGGCAGACAGACAGGUGUUUCUAAAUCUCCUUCAGAACCACGUUUUUUAGAUGUAGUGUGACUUUAGCCCACAUUGUUGGCUUGUUCACCUCAGAUUUGCAGUAUUUAAGACUCUGACAGUCUUUCUUGUUCCACGUUUAGCUCUGAAAGCACAUUUCUCCCCUCGAAAUGAGCCUUCCCAGCCAUCGUUUACUCUAAAGCUGUGUACAUUACUGCAAACUCUAUCAGUCAAAUGGUGUAGGAUGCCUGAGAGGUACCACUCGGGGCAUAGAACAACUCAGUGCACCAGGAGCCUUUAGACUUUUGUAGUUGCAGCGACCAUAACUUGUAUUGUUUCCUAAAUUAUGGCUCCCUUGUAAUGGUUUUGUUCAGCUAUUUUUGGAAACAGUUUUUUGUUGCCAGGCAACAUAUAGUUACUGGGACGUCUUUGAUAACAUAUACAGUGACAGAAUUACUGUAUGACUAGUCUGUCUGUGUCUGGUGGAGUUAAAUGUUUUACAGUAGUCUGGGUGUAUGAAUAAAAUGCUACAGGAAUAAACUAAUCGGGCACUUGAGAAACGCUGCUCUAGGCAGCGGUAAGGGGUGAUUAUUAUUUGGUGAUAUUGAUUUUGAGGUGAAAAGGACAGUUUGAUUAUGUGGUGAAGAUUAUUUUGUAAAACUUGAAAUUAUGUUAACCUUGGGCGUAAAUACUGGCUCCGUUUAAAUUGUAAUCUAUGGAAGUAAAUGAAUUGUCUGUUUAACUUAUUCAUUCGUUAAUCAGGCGUUUACGUGACAUUUCAGAGCCCCUGGUUAUAAACAUCCCUGUGUCCCCUGUGUGCUCGUGUAACAAUAUAUUCUGCUGAUUUUGUGGCAAAGUAAUCAAAAAUGACUGAAUGUGUCACAGCUGAGUCUGAACUGACUGAACUGUUCUAAUGAUAUCAGACAUCCACGAGGCACUACUCACAUAGAAAGUAAUCUUGGACUGUACCAUUUGAUUUGGUGUUUUUCCUCUGGAGCGACUCUUUUUUUUUUUUUUUUUUUUUUUGGGAUGAAGCGGGUAUAAUUAAUAACUUUAUUAUUUUAAUUACCAAUAUGUGAACCUUUUAUAAAAGAAAAAAAUGUUUCCUUUAACUUGUGUUGAAUUCAUUGUGUUUCUCCUUCUGCACUAAAAUGCCCAAAUUUUUCUUUUGAAGUGUUUAAUCAAAAGACUUACUGGUUCCCAACCUGGGGGUCCCAAACCCCACUCGGGGUCACCAAAUCAUGACAGAGGGUCGUAAGACCCUCUUGAUUUUAGGGAUGUAAGGGUACUUUCAAACCUAGAGUUGUCUUGCUUUGGUCUGAAUCAGGGACUAAUUUUGUUAUAAAGUUGCAUAAUUGCCUAGAGUUGGUACGUGUUCUCACGGCAGCAUUUACAAGCAGACUAGAUCAAAUGCCUUGUGCGAGAAAGCUGCUCCUGAUUGGUCAGAAUUUCCAUGUGAGAAAAAUCCAGGAAGUAAACAAAACAUUGAAGAAGAGUACACUUGCAAGAUAAAUGUGACACUUUCUAAUGUCACAAUGGAGGGACAACUACGCAGGUUGAUUUUAGCGCUGCUCAUCGUGGACUGUAUUGCUGUCAUUGUUCAUUUUAGUCAAACCAUACAGUUUGAAAACGAGGUGCAGCUCCAACUAGAAAACAAUGUUUUGAUGCAUUGGAUGUGCUGAAUGUGCAUAUUAAGGCAGUACAGGAGGAGGUGCACAUUAAUAAUCCUCCAGGACUGUAACAUGCUCAUGUUUAACCCAAACAAUGUGUCAUGUCACCACAAACGAACCGCACCAGAGUUCAUUUGUAACCGGACUGAGACCACCUCUUCAAGAAGGUCUCAGUAUGGUUGUUUUGGUGCGCACCCGAGUGUCAUCGCUGUGUUCACACCUGCCCUAACGAACUGCACUUAGGGGGCAAAUGAACUGGAGUAUGAUUGAACUGAACCAAACAGGGCAGGUGUGAAAGCACCCUAAGAAAACUUUAAAAAUAUAUAUACAACAGGCCUCUCUGAUGCAAUGUGCAGAAAUAAUCUGCUCAAAAUUCAUCCAAAUGGCUCAUCUUUAUCUGUAUUGUUAUUGUCAUACAUUAAAUAUGAAAUAUCCAUAAAAUAUGUCACUUAGUCAGGGGUCGUCAGUACAUUCAAAGAUAGAAAAGGGGUCCCUUAAGGAAAAAGGUUUGGAACCACUGAGUUAGAUUCACUGCGGUAUCAGUGGUGGCUCUUCCUAUAGGUGACACAGUCAGCCACCAAAUUUUGUUUCUUUUUUGACUCUCAAAAAAAUCAAACAAAAUCAGUGUUGCCAACUCUUUUCCAAUUAAAGUAGCCAGCACCAGCUCUAAAAGUUGCCAGAUGGUGUCAUGCGUUUAUAUGUGUAUUGAUGACAUCAUUGUGCAUUCCCUGUAUUAGAUUCACUAGAAACAUUUCUUAGUAAAAAAUCUGAAUGGCAUGAGAGCCAUUGUGCUUGUACUGUAGUGCACCACUUCCUAGAGUCUCACUGCAACUGAACUCCCACUGUGAGCAGCGUCUCCUCUCGUUGCCCAUCCUACACCUACUACACAGUGCAAGAGGAAAGAGGGGGAGAGACUUUGGGCUGGUGGAGGAAGAGCUGUGCAUGGGAAAGAAUAACAAUAUGUAUUUUUCUCUUUUUCAUGUGUGGUCGAAUUAAGUUGCUAGAUUUUUCACUAGUUGCUUUGUAGCAUUAAAAUUGCUAAGAGGGGCUGAAAAGUUGCCAGAUCUAGCGAGAAAGUUGGCAAAUUGACAACACUGAAUGAAAGGAAAAUGAUGGAGUGUGUGGAGUUUUAGAGUAAGAAAUAGUGAAAAG